ACGCGUCGGUUGCUCUCGCACUGGUAGUUAAUGGACGCAAUAACGUAGCGCUGAUUCUGGUAUUAAUUUUUGACGUUACGAAGCCACCAAUCUGGUCGACGAUGUUUCGCUCGAAGAAUGAGGUUGACAGGCACGUCGCUGGAGCUUUGGCAAGAUGCAGAGACGAACACCAGGAAAAGGUGCAGGGUUUCAAGUUUGCCAAACAUUACGUUAAUGUGAAGGACUAUGAGUCUGCAAAAAAGUACCUUGCUGCCUACUUGGCCGUGCAUGGUGAUUAUGCAGCUGCACACAAGCUGAUGGGCCAGAUUCAGGAGGCCCUUGAACGCCCAUAUGAAGCCAUUAGAUCUUACAAAUGUAUUGGCUGGAACAAGCUGAAGACCAUUUUCCUGGUCAUAGUAUUGUGGUUAAACUCAAGGAAAUGUUGACAACGGCUCAAGG